AUGCCAAUUACCUUGACGCUAUCGGGUCUCCUGCUUGCUGCCGACUUGGGGGUUAUCGGAACCCAUAAUGGCUUCUCGGAACGAGCUUCGCCUGCAAUGACAUAUGUAGGCUGUUACUCCAGCAGCGACGGUCUCACCAAUCGAGCAUCAUAUGUUUAUCAAAGUUUUGGAUGGUGCUUGAAUGAAUGUAUCAAGACUGACGCUGCAGCAUUUGCCCUUAGGGGCCAUGAGUGCCUUUGCGGUACUAAGCUGCCACCACCAUCAGCUAUGGUUCCCAAGGGGCAAUGUAACCAGGCGUGUCCUGGGUUCUCCUCCGAUAUCUGUGGCAGUGACAAUCUAUAUUCGGUCUAUACUACAGGCCUGGGGGGUACCAUCGCAGUGAACGAGAGCUCCACGACUUCGACUUCGAGCGCCUCGACAACUUCAAAGACUAAUAGCCCCGCGAUCAGUAACCAAAGCACGGAUGGAGCUGACGACACGCAGAAAGGACACAGCAAUGUCGCUCUUAUCGCCGGAGUUGUAGGCGGAGCAUGUGGGGGCGCAGCUCUCGUAGGCGGCGCUUUCUUUUUCUUCUGGCGAUCUAGGAAGAAGCGCAAUGCCCAGACGAGAGUUGACGAUACCGAUGGUUAUUAUGGAGAUGGAGACUUCGGUCAGGAGGCUUCGAGAGCCGACUCUCGGUUGGACGGAAGCUAUCUGGCUGAGUGCCGCAAAAUCAAUGGCAGCAUCGAUGAUUUCCACGACUACUCCCGCCGAGUCCUGCAGGUGACUAACCCUGAUCGAUGA